UGGAAAAAGCGAGCCAGCUUGUACUUAAAGUAAGGGGGAGGACAUUUGGGAAACCCUUCUUUUUUUUUUGGACUGCUGACGCGUCCACCGGCCAGCGUUGCGUGCUGUGUGCUGGAGCACCGUGGCUUCAUGUCCUCGCCAGGUUUCACUAUGUUUUUUCACUUUCUAGUUUUCGGGGCCUUUGUUUUCAGGGCUGAAUGUUACUUUUCGGAAGAAAAGUAUCCGGAGGAGUCGAAGAUGCAGCCUCCUACGGUGGUUAUCGCUAUCAUAGCCCGGAACACUGCUCACUCCCUGCCGUACUACCUCGGCGCUCUGGAGAGACUCAACUACCCCAAAGAUCGCAUCUCUGUGUGGGCAGCCACGGAUCACAAUAUAGAUAACACCACAGCCAUACUGAAGGAGUGGCUCACUGUCAUGCAGAAGUUUUACCACUAUGUCGAGUGGAGACCAAUGGAUCAGCCCACGUCGUAUGCAGGAGAGAUGGGUCCUAAGCACUGGCCCAACAGCAGAUAUCAGUAUGUGAUGAAGCUGAAGCAGGCAGCGCUCAACUUCGCCAGGAAACGCUGGGCCGAUUACAUCCUGUAUGCUGACACAGACAAUAUUCUCACCAACCCAGACACACUCAAACUGAUGAUAGCGGAGAACAAGUCCGUCAUCGCUCCCAUGCUUGACUCUCAGGGAGCGUACUCCAACUACUGGUGUGGUAUCACUCCACAGGGAUAUUAUCGCCGAACAGCAGAGUAUUUUCCCACCCGUCACCGUCACAGACUGGGCUGCUUCCCUGUACCCAUGGUUCACUCCACCAUCCUGCUGGAUUUAAGGAAGGAAGGCAUGAAGAAACUGGCCUUCUUUCCUCCUCACGAUGACUACUCGUGGCCCUACGAUGACAUCAUCGUGUUCGCCUUCUCCUGCCGGGCUGCAGAGGUACAGAUGUAUCUGUGUAACAAGGAGCGUUACGGCUACCUGAACGUCCCGGCCAAACCUCACCACACUUUGGAAGAUGAUCGGCUCAACUUUGUCCACGUCCAUCUUGAUUCCAUGAUUGAUGGUCCUCCAAUGUACCCGUCCAGAUACGUCCACAUGUUCACAAAACAGAGGGACCUCAUGGGCUUUGAUGAGAUAUAUCUGAUCAAUCUGCGCCGCCGUCAUGACCGAAGAGACCGGAUGUUGUUCUCUCUGAAUGAGCUGGAGAUUGACGUCAAAGUUGUGGACGCUGUGGAUGGAAAUGCUUUGAACAGCAGUGACAUUAAGAUCCUUGGCGUCGACCUGCUGCCAGGCUACUAUGACCCGUUCUCUGGACGCACCCUAACCAAAGGAGAGGUGGGCUGCUUCCUCAGCCACUAUUUCAUCUGGAAGGAGAUGGUCGACAUGCAGAUGGACAAGGCGCUGGUGUUUGAAGACGACGUUCGUUUCCAGGCCAACUUCAAACGACGAGUCCUCAAGCUGAUGGAGGAUGUGGAGCAGGUGGAGCUGGACUGGGACAUCAUAUACUUUGGCAGGAAACAGGUGAAUCCUGGGAAGGAGGAACCCGUGGAGUUCAUUCGAAACUUGGUAAUUGCAGACUAUUCGUACUGGACUCUGUCCUACGCCAUCUCCUUGCAGGGAGCCCAAAAACUGCUCAACGCUGAGCCACUGUCCAAGAUGCUUCCUGUUGAUGAAUUCCUCCCCAUCAUGUAUGACAAACAUCCCAAUGAGGACUACAAGUCCCAUUUCCCCAACAGAAACUUACAAGCCUUCAGUACGCACCCUCUUCUGGUCCAGCCGUGUCACUACGCCGGUGAUCCCCAGUGGGUGAGCGACACAGAGACGUCGACUCUGUGGGACGAUGACAACGUACGCACUGAUUGGAGGGGUUCCCACAAGACCCUGAAAGGCUCCACUCCGCCACCCGACAUGCUGUCAGCUGCCUACAGGGACGAACUUUAGUGCAGAGCAGACGUAGCCGUGGCGAACCUGCGGGUCAAAAGGCCAUGAGGUCAGAGAGACAGAUGCUGAGGAGAGAAAGUGUUCCCAGACUUUAUUUCAGUCCACUCUGUGUCACACCGCUGACAUGCUCAGUGUUGUUUAAACUGAACAUUUCAAAGCAUGUCAGCAAGUGUAUGGCACAAGAGGAUUUUUGGGAGGGAAACAAUAUAAGGGACAGUGCUAAUUGUGGUUGUUUGUAAAGUAAUGUAAAACUACAGGAGUUUUAAUAUUUGUACAGAUCCACUCUUUAGAUUUUUUUUUACCGUUUUCAAAUAUUUUUAAACAUUUUUAAUAUUUUGAGAGUUUAUACAGUUUGUAUGGCUGAUUUUUGUUUGAAUGUAUGAUUUUGAUGGCUGCGUGCUUGUCUUCAUUGUAUGUUUACAAUGCUUAAUACACAGCUAUCAAAAGAACACAAAGAGGCGGCUUUACAAGGACUUAUGUCAUCUGUUGAUCGCUGACAGAGGCUCCAGCAGCAGUAGCAGCAGCAGCAGCACUGUUUCGCAACUCCUGUCAAGUCUGGACAAUGUUCUGACAUUUAUUGCUAUAUUUUGUCCUUGAUGGAUUGUCAGUCUAACCUUUUCUCUAUAUGUCCACACCCUCCAUCAGGACUGUUAUUAGAUGCAAUUAUAUUUUAAAGGGGAACUAUUUUCUAAUGUUUUUGUAUCUAGGUGACUACUGGAGACAGUCAUUUUUAAAACUUGUCCAGUAUUCUGUGAGAGCGCAGCACACGGCAGUAGUGAAACAUGCUGCAAUGUAUCCACUCAGGGCAUUUGUGCACCAUCAAUUUACGUCCAGUAAAAGGCUCAUAUUGUUAUUCUAAGUGCCUGACAACAUUUUGGAAUUAGUUCCUAUGGAGAUAAACCUUCUUGUUAAAGAGUAAGAUUAUUUUUGUUAAACCAGAACAGCCCUUAAAUCACUAUUAUCAAAGCCACGAGACUCUAUUUAAAUAAACAGCAAUUUUAGGCUGUAUAGAGGCAGCAUAUUUUCACAUCUAACGGGA